AUGGCACUAACAGUCUGCAAGCUUUGGCGCCAAAUCGGAUGCUGGAAGCUGGCAGGAUUCUUUGCCGUGGCAGCAAUGUUUGCUUUCGUUCAUAGCCUCACAAUACCUGUUGAGCCGGGGAGAAGAACAGCUGCUUCGGAGGUUGUCAAGGUGGUCAAAGAUGUCACUACCAGAGCCGUACGGCCCAGAGCCUCCCAAGUCAAAGGUUCUACUGACCCUGUGCAUGUUUGUCUCAGCAGCGAUGACGGAGACCUUCGCUCGUCUGCUGUUGUAAUCCGCUCCGCUUACGUCAAUGCUGCCAACCCCGACAGGUUGCGAUUUCACUUCAUCACCACUCCUGAAUUGGCACCCACAGUGCGUGAUCUUUUCCGUGUGCAUCUUGCCGACAUCCCUGUAGAAGUACAUGCCGACGAGAAUGUGCAAGACCGCAUUGGGAACCAACUGCCUGGCCGUGGCAAAACCGCAAAAGUUCGAAAGGGCCUUACUAGCGUCUUCAACUUUGUGCCUUUCUAUCUCGACCAGUACGUCAGCAUCGAUGGCCGCCCACCUGCUCGGUUGAUCUAUUUGGAUACCGACACGGUGAUUAUGGGUGACCUUGGCGAGUUGCAGGAUAUUGACCUUCAAGGUCACCCUUGCGCCGCAGUGAAGUACUGUCUGCAAUCGCUUGAAAAGUACGUUGAUUUCAGUGUUCUCAGAGAGCUUGGAUACAUUCAAAAUCACGACCCGAAGGCCUGCAUUGCCAACAGAGGGUUGCUCGUCAUCGACGUCCGAAGAUGGCAUGAGCUCCAGAUCACAGAGCAAAUCGAGAUGUGGAUGCAGAGAUAUGCAGAAUCAAAGAGAGUUCUGUGGAAGAGCGGGGUGUCGCAGCCACCAUGGCUCCUUGCAAUGGGAGAUGAUUUUCUGGACCUAGGUGAUGAGUGGAACUGCAACUCUUUGGGCCGUGAGAAAAUGCCUUAUGCGGAGGCCUUAUUUUUACGGGAUAAUGGCUUCGACCAUGCGGCAGUGCGCAAACUCGGUGCUGUGUUCACUGAAGACGGGGGCGUGGACCCCUUCGUAGUGAUGUGCUCGGAUAAGGGUAAGAUGUUGCAUUUCAACGGUGCAGUCAAACCCUGGACGUGGGAGACUUGGUUUGCUGAUCAUAAGCUACCUCUUUGCGCACUGCCAGAGAAUAUGCCUCAGAACUUCAAUCUCAACUCGGCGGUUCAAGUCAAGCUAUUUUGCAAGCCGGUCUCUUUCGUGAACUGCGUUGAUAUUUGGAAUGCAUUUAUUUCCGAAGAAACAGCUUGUGCUUUGCGGGACUUCAAGCAGGAAUGGCCUGAAGAGCAAGAGUGGCUUUUUAGAUUGGGUGAGAAGGCAACUCAGGAGGAAUUUGAAAGAAGAGACCGUGAAAAGGCUCGAAUUCAAAAGCAGGAGUUGGAGAGGGAAGAGAUGAAAGCCAGAGCAGAGUCGCAGGCCAAGAUUCUGAAAGUGGACGAGUUAGCCGCAGCAGCAGAUGCUCGAGAGCGUGAGGCAGAUAAGCAGCGCCAGGAGCUUGAGGAGGCAGAGCGCUGA